AUGGAGGAUUCGCCGAUGGAAGAUGAACCAGGGAAAAGAGGAACAGAGGGAAAAGAGGCGCCCGAUGGAUUUGGGAAUCCUCUUUCAAAUAAGAUAAUAUUUUCAAAUCCGUAUGGCUUUUACUUUGCCUAUAUAUGCACCUCGGCAUGCAACGGUUUUACCACCCCAAACCUUCCCUUGCUUUCUUGGGUUUCCGUUUCGUUUCCUUCUCCUAAUUCCUUGCAGACCAUGGCGUCACAGAAGCUGCAGCUCAUCAAGGGCGAGCGCCACUUAUUUUCGUCUUCGGACGACAAUGCGGUCACGAAGCAGAUCCAAGCCACGCAUGCACCUGACGGCCGCGACGUAGACGUCAGAGCCAUCAUGCAUGUUGUUGAGGACAUCUUGAAGCGUGCCACCCCUACUAUUGUAGUUGCCCAACCAGCACAUGUUGAGCUCGUGGAAGAGAAAACCAACCAUUCUUCCCUCAUUGGCAUGCUUGAAGCACUUGCGUACACAAUUCAUAGGAUUGCAUGUGAGAUAACAUGCAAGUGCUCUGGUGGUGGAGACGCACACGCGACGACAUUGACAUUGCUUAACUCACUCUCAAGCUAUUCAUGGGAUGCAAAGGUGGUUUUGACCUUAGCUGCCUUCGCCGUCAGCUAUGGGGAGUUCUGGCUCACUGCACAGCUGUAUAGCGUCAAUCCUCUCGCGAAAUCUGUGGCCCUCCUCAAGCAGUUGCCUGACAUACUAGAGAACACUGAUGCUCUGAAGCCUCGUUUUGACGCAAUCCACGCCCUCAUCAAUGCAAUGCUAGAUGUGACCAAGUGUAUAAUCGAAUUGAAGGAGCUCCCAACAGAAUAUAUUUCAUCAGACACUCCUGCAAUGACCAUAGCCAUGGCCCAUAUCCCCACUGCAGUUUAUUGGGCCAUCCGAAGCAUUGUGGCUUGCGCCUCACAGAUCAUUGGCCUCAUAGGCUUGGGUCACGAGCACAUCAGCUCCACGACAGAGGCUUGGGAACUUUCGAGCUUGGCUCACAAGGUCGGCAACAUACAUGGGCACCUGAGGAAGCAAUUGGAACUGUGCCAUCAACACAUAGAUGAGAAGAGGCACAUCGAAGCUUAUCAGAAUCUCAUACGCCUCUUCGAAAUGAUCCACAUUGACAACAUGAAAAUUCUCAGAGCCUUGCUUCACUCCAAGGAUGAUAUGCCUCUUGUUGACGGUGCCACCAAGAAAAGGGUUAGCGUGGAAGUACUGAGAAGGAAGAUAGUGAUACUAUUCAUUUCGGAUCUCGACGUCAGCCACGAUGAGCUUAUGAUUCUGACUCAAAUCUACAAUGACACCCAUCACGGGAAGUUGGAGAGGCAAUAUGAAAUCGUCUGGCUACCAGUCAUUGACAAGUCGAUUGAGUGGACUGAUGUGAAGAAUGACCUGUUCAUUCAUUUGGCAUCAUCAAUGCCAUGGUACUCAGUGCAUCACCCAUCUGUGCUAGAGCCUGCAGUUAUCAGGUUCAUCAAGGACGUGUGGCAUUUUGAGAAGAAGCCAAUGUUGGUAGUUUUGGAUGCCCAAGGGAGGGUGGUGUGCCCCAAUGCACUUCACAUGAUGUGGAUAUGGGGAAGCCUGGCCUUCCCUUUCACUUCUUUGAGGGAGGAAACCCUUUGGAAGGAUGAGAUUUGGAGGCUCGAGCUCCUAGCAGAUGAGAUCGAUCCUGUGAUACUUCAAUGGGUGAGGGAAGGAAGGUACAUUUGCCUGUAUGGAGGAGAAGACAUCGAGUGGAUUAGGCGAUUCACAGCUGCAGUGAAAAACGUGAUCCAUGUAACUCAAAUCCCCAUAGAGAUGGUUUAUGUGGGAAAGAGUAACCCUAAGGAACGAGUGCGGAAAAUUAUCGCAACCAUCGACAAUGAGAAGUUGAGUAGCACUUGGCGUGACCUAACGUUGAUAUGGUUCUUCUGGAGCCGCCUAGAGAGCAUGUGGCAUUCCAAGAUGCUACAUGGCCGGACAAUUGAGAACGACAAUAUAAUGCAAGAGGUCAUGAUGAUGCUUACGUAUGAUGGUAGUGAUCACGGCUGGGCAGUGAUAAGCAAAGGAUCGACGGAAAUUGUGAAGUCUCAUGGGAAGACUAUCCUCGACUGCUUGACCCAGAUCGAUACAUGGAAGGCAAACAUUGAACUGGAAGGAUUCAUUCCAGCGCUCACAAAUGCACUUAUUCCAUACCAUACUCCUGAGCAUUGCGUGCGCCUUAUCCUCCCUGGGACAACUGGGAAAAUUCCAGAGAAAGUGGUCUGUGCUGAGUGCAAACGCCCCAUGGAGAAAUACAUUCUCUACCGUUGCUGUACCGAUUAAAGCAAUGGCAUGCUACAACCGAUUAUGGUUAGUAUAGAAGUGUGUCCUUAGUAAAACUGUGUGAUGAAUAUUUGAUCUUUCAAUAAGUCAUUUGGGACUGGUUCCAUGGCUUGAGAACUAGUCUUCAUGACCGUUAAGAAUCAAUAUAAGAUAGUGUAUGGUAUCCGUUUAUUAUGACUAUGUAAGUUACUGGAAUGAAAUAAGAUGAGUUAUUAAGUA